CUUUUACUGUCAACCGACUGAGGGAGACGCCAUUCCAUUUAAUCUUGCACAUUAGAUAGAAUAUUGUGUAUUAGUGGUUGUUAAUAGAGUUCAGUGUAGAGAUUCAGAAUGAAUCAAGAAAUCUUAAUUGACGGGGUACCAGUUCAGAUACCAGCAGGGAACUAUAAAACAGAAUAUUUACCAGAUGGAACUGUACAGAUUGUUGUGUACUCAAAUUCAUCAGUUGAUACUGGAGCAGAAGGAGAAUUCAAAUGGAAGGGGAGAUAUUGCAGAACUAUUGGUAUCCAAAACACAACUGUACCACAUCAUAACAGUUAUGAUUUUGCUGACAGUGGUGUUCAGACCGACUUUCCAGUAGAAGAUGAUGAAGAAACUACAGUUACACAAGAUACAAGUUUGGAAGUGGAAGAUGAACAAGUGGAAGCGAUGAUUCGUGAUGAAGAAAACCAGGAAAAUCUUGGAAGAGGAAAGAGAAAACGAGGACGUCCACCAACUACAUUUAAACCUGUAAAACCCAGAAAGUCAUUUUCAAAUGCUAGUGUUAUACAGAAUAUUCAGGAUGAUGAGGCUGAGAAAAGUGAUCAGACUGUACAUAAAUGUGGAUUGUGUGGCAUCACUUACAAACGUAGGGCUAACUGGCAGAACCAUCUCAAAACUCAUGCCAAAGAGAAAAUUUAUAUGUGUGGUUAUUGUGGAAAUUUGUUUCAGAAGGCCAACUUUCUACAACAUCUGAAGACGCACAAAGAUGAGCAAGAUGAAGACAAGCUUAGACCUAUGAUAGAGACUAAUCCACGUAGACCUGAUCGUCCAUCUCCACCUCCGCCCCCACCACCACCACGGACACCAACACAACAUCAAACACACUCGACCCAACCACCACAACAAACCAUCCAAGAAACAGAAUCAUCUGAUGGAGAAAAACAAUUCAUGGUAAAAAGUCAUCAGGUGACGCUACCAAAUCAACAAGUGGCGACAUUGAUAGAUCUUGGUAAUCUAAUAGAUGUCUCAGUGAAUGAUGAUGGUACAAUUGAUGCAGUAGAACAUCCCAAGACAACCAAUGUUGAUCCAAUGGAUGAGUCUGGUUUAAUGAAUAAUGACCCAGAUUUUAACCCCAGUGAAGGAGUAGAUGAUACUAAGUACAUAUAUAAGUGUAAUGUGUGUGGCAAGGAGUAUAACAGUAAGAGUAACUGCCAUCGACAUUUGAAGACACAUACCCAUGCCAAAGUUUACAAGUGUAAUGACUGUGACAAGACAUACAUGCAUCGUUAUGAGCUUAAAAUGCACAGGCGUAUUCAUACUGGUGAGAAACCAUACAAAUGUCCCAUCUGUACCAGAGCUUUCAAUGAGAGUGGUAAUCUAAGACGCCACAUGAAGAUCCAUGCUGGUGAUGACACACCUUAUAAAUGUGGAGUUUGCUUCAAAGGAUUUAGUGACAUGUACCGUCUGCAUGUCCAUCUGAAAGUUCACAGUGGCAAAAUCGUAUGUGAUACAUGUGGAAAAUCAUUCACCAAGAUAUCAGACUUGUAUCGACACAUAAGAAUCCAUACUGGGGAUAAACCAUAUAAAUGUGAUGUAUGUAAGAAGGCAUUUGCACAGAAAGUAAACUUACAGACACAUUACCGCACACAUACAGGGAAAACACCUUAUCGUUGUGAUAUUUGUAAUUUUGGGUUUAGUCGCAAACAAAUUUUAGACAAUCAUAUGAGAGGUCACGAGGAGGAGGAAUUAGAAGAACUUAAAAAACAACAGGAAGAAAAAGAAAGUUCCAAUAUUGAACAGGAAGUUCAAAUUCACGUACAGAAUGUGAUGGAUGCUGCGGCUGACAACGAGGAAGGGUUAAUAGAGGUACCUGAAGAUGCACAGGAAGUAGAGACAGGAUUGUCGCAGGAAGAACUCGCCCAACUUGUGGCUGCAUCCGUAGUAGAAGUAGAAGAACCAACUGCAUAAUUUAGAUACAAGAAAACAAAUGUCAAAAGAAUGAUAUUCUCCUUAAUAUAUAAAGCAUGAAUAUUAACUUUUUAUUCAGUAGAAAAAUGCCAUUUAUUUCACAAAAACAAUCUGAUCAGAAAUUGGCCAGGUUUACUGCCAUUGAAAGGAAACCACCAAUAUAAGUUCGUAUAUAUAUUGCACAUUUGUUCAAUUCAAAGCUUUAUUAAGACAGUGGUGUAUUAUAUCUUUUGUUAAGUCAUGAAACUUAUCAAAAUGUAAUAUAAGUCAAUAAACUAUUCCUGGUCAUGUGUUAUGAGACUAUUAAGGGUUGAUAUGUAUGAGGACAAAAUAUUGAUUACAAAAAACAAUGAAUGGCAACAGCUGUCUAUUAAUUCAGAAAUUUUUAUUUAUUGAAUUGUUAAAAAUUACAAAAAAGGUGUGGGAAUAAUGAAUGUACUGUUUAACUUUGUAAGUAUUAAAUUUAGGAAGACGUGGAGGUGUGAUUUUUCUUACAUUUGUGUAAUUGUCAAAAGGUUGUUGUUCCAUCUGCUCCUAGUUUGCUGGUUUCACAAUCUGCUCCUUAUAAAAUAAAGGAAAAUGUGUAUUAGGUAACAUACUUUAGAUCUAUAAUUUUUAUCUGCCAACCAAAUAUUGAAGAGGUAUAUAUAGAAUAUAUAUAAGAAGAUAUCCCAAGAAUAACAGAAAAAUCAGAUUUCUAUUAAUUGAAUGAAGAAAACCUUAUCCCAUUUAAAUGUUAGAUAUGAAAGGGUCUUGAAUUAGUGAUAAUUGCACAGUUAUGACUGAGUGAUUUGAAAUACAUAUGAAUCAAUUGAAAUUCCUAAUGUUGGUUAAUUUAAAUUUUUACCCAAGAUUCGAUAUUUGCAAUGCCCUUUUUUGUCAAAUUUUUCCUUUUUUGGAUUUUAUAGCAGUUUCUAAUUUAAGUCCUGAUUGAAAUACCUGGUUACAGACCCAAUUUAUAUGUAUAUGCUGUAUAAUAAUAUUUAUAAUAUAAGAUGCUCAUUAUCUUAAUACAAACAAUGAUAAAUAUGAAUGUUUUUUUCAUGCUUUUCUUUUUCAUCUCCACUGUAUUGAAACAAGCUAAAGUCCAGCAGGUUGAUUAUUUAUUUGACUGUAACUUUAGCAAUGUUUAACAUUUUGUAAUUUAUUAUUAUUGUUAACUUGUUUAUAUACUGGUACAUUAUUUAUAUCUAUCAUUGUAUUACCUACUCAUUUUCUUUCCUAAUAUCUUUAAUACAUAAUUAGACAUUCAUAAUGCUCAA